CGGGAUCCCGUCCUCCGCCAUUAAAGCCCCCAGGGAGGUCUGCCGCUGAUGGUGUUGCGCUGUGAUCGCUACCAAAUCGUAGGAAGGAGGCCAGAGAACCCGGGAACUUAGAAAUGGACUCAGUGGCCAUUGAGGAUGUGGCUAUGAACUUCACCCCAGAGGAGUGGGCUUUAGUGAAUCCUUCACAGAAGAAACUCUACAGAGAUGUGAUGUGGGAAACCUUCAGGAACCUGGCCUCUAUAGGAAAAAUAUGGGAAGAUCGUGAUAUUGAAGAUCAGUACAAAAACCAAGGGAGAAAACAGAGUGGUCAUAUAGCAAGGAGACUCUGUGAAAGUUUAGAGCAUAGUCAAUAUGGAGAUAAAUUCAGCCUUAAUCCAAAUCUCAAUCUGAACAACAGAACUACAGGAGCUAAACCAUGCGAAAGCAGCUCAUGUGGAAACGUCUUCUUGCAUCAUUCAUCUCUUAAGACACACAUUCAAUAUCACAAUGAACACAAGCUAGAUGACAGUCAAAAAUAUGGAGAGAAGCCAUGUAAAUGUAAGGAAUGUGGGAAGGCCUUCCCUUUUCCCAGUGCUCUUCAAAGACAUGAAAGAACUCAUACUGGAGAGAAACCUUAUGAAUGUAAAAAAUGCAGUAAAGCAUUCACCUCUUCUAGUUACCUUCAAAUACAUGAAAGAACUCAUACUGGAGAGAAACCCUAUGACUGUAAAAACUGCAGUAAAGCAUUCAUUUCUUCCUGUUCUCUUCGAGUACAUGAAAGAAUUCAUACUGGAGAGAAACCUUAUGAAUGUAAAAAAUGCAAUAAAGCAUUCACUUUUGCCAGUUCACUUAAGUUACAUGAAAGAACUCAUACUGGAAUGAAACCCUAUAAAUGUAAAAAAUGCAUUAAAGCAUUCACUUCUUCCCGUUCUCUUCAAGAUCAUGAAGGAAUUCAUACUGGAGAGAAACCCUAUACAUGUAAAAAAUGUGGUAAAGGAUUCUCUUAUUCCAGUUCUCUUCGAGUACAUGCAAGAAUUCAUACUGGAGACAAACCCUAUUCAUGUAAAAAAUGCAGUAAAGCAUUCACUUUUUUUGGUUCCUUUCGAAGACAUGAAAGAAUUCAUACUGGAGAGAAAUGCUAAAAAUGUAAAAAAUGCAGGAAAGCAUUCACUUCUUCCUGUUCUCUUCAAGAUCAUGAAAGAAUUCAUACUGGAGACAAACUCUAUUCAUGUAAAAAAUGCAGUAAAGCAUUCACUUUUUUCAGUUAUCUUCAAAAACAUGAAAGAAUCCAUACUGGAGAGAAACCCUAUCAAUGUAAAAAAUGCAAUAAAGCAUUCACUUUUCCUAGUUAUCUUCAAUUACAUGAAAGAAGGCACACUGGAGGGGCCAUCCCCGUGGCUUAGCAGUUAAGUCUGCGUGCUCCGCUACUGGCGGCCCCGCGUUUGGGUCCCAGGCACGCACCGACACUCCUCUUGUCCGGCCAUCCUGAGGCCGUGUCCCACAUACAGCAAAUAGAAGGAUGUGCAACUGUGACAUACAACUAUCUGCUGGGGCUUUGUGGAGAAAAAGGGGAAAAUAAAAAAAAAGAAGUCACAUUGGAGAGAGAGCCUAUGAAUGUCAGGAAAGAGGUUAAAUCCUUUGUGAUGCCAACUUUUGAGAAUAUGCAAGAAUGCACACUAGAGGAAAAACCAUGUAAAGGUAAAGAAUGUGGGAGAGCUUUUGUCAUCCCAGUUCUUUCUGAAGGCAUGAAAGGACUCAGUUGAUAAAAACCUCUUGAAUGUAAACAGCAUGGGAAAGACUUCAUUGGCCUACGUCCUAUGCGAAACUUCCAACCAGAAAUAAAUAUAAAUAAAAUGUAAGUAACAUGGGAAACUUGAUGGAAAUUAACUUGUAUAUGAUGUUUUAGAAAACUUUCAACAUGAAAGAGUUAUAAAAGUUGUAAAUAUAUUGUGUUUGCCAAGCCACUUCAAGUGCAACAUUGCACUGUGGGUUUCUAUUAAUAACUUUCAGAAAUGAAUAUUGAGGUGAGAUAAUGCUGAGUCAUUCUUCAUCAAUACUGCUUCAAGAUUAUUAGGUGGUGCUUUUUUCUUAAUUCAGUUAAUAAUAUUUUCUCUUGGGGCUGGCCCAGUGGUGCAGUGGUUAAAUUCACAUGUUCUGCUUCAGCGACCUGGGGUUUGCCAGUUCAGAUCCCGGGCGCAGACCUACUCAUGGCUCAUCAAGCCAUGCUGAGGCAGCGUCCCAUGUAGAAGAGUAGAUACACAAGAGCUUUGUGUAUCACUGUACAAAAUGAUACACAACUAUGUACCGGGGGUGGGGGAGAAAAUGAAAAGAAAAGAGGAAUAUAGGCAACAGAUGUUAGCGCAGGGCCAGUCUUCCUCAAAAUAAAACAAUAAUAAUGUUUUCUCUUUAUUUUUUAAUAAGGUUUUAAUUGUUCUUUUUUAAAAGGCCAUUGAGAAAUGACAGUUUGUAGUUGUUGGGAUUUUCUUCCUGGCCUUGUAUUGCGGUUCCUAGAUUUGCCUUAUCCAUUGUGCAUUUUGUACCUCUCUUAGAGAAAGCUCCUUUUUGGGGUGGUGGGUAUAGAAGCCUGUUUUUAUUUUCCAUACUAUGGAACAGUUGGAAUAAAGUUUUAUGAAUGGCAAGUUUGUCAAAGGAUAUACUUUCCUGUGAAUUUCUUUUCACAUUUGGGCCUUUGCUCUUUGUCCUUCCUUCUGACUGGUAUUUGGUGAACAGACUUUGAGUUAAGUAGAGGCCUGUGAUAGGGCAACAAUUUCUACACUACCUGUAUUGUGUUAUGUCAAUGUGGGUAAUAUUAAGAACUGGAGCUUUAAGAAUCCCCUCCCCUUUGUACUUCCAUGUUGGAAUUCACCAGUAGUGUCACUUGCAUGAGAUUAGGAAGGCAGAAGCAAACAAGGCAUUGGUGAGAUUUUGGAGCCACAGUACAAGGAGGGAGACUGUUACAUAGGAGCUUCAAGGACACUAUCCUCAAUCCCAUUUUCUGAAUUCUUUGCUCUUCUUUUAUCUUGAAAAGCACCACCAACUGUUGGGACUUCCAUUUUCUUAGAGUUGUAUUUUCCUCUUAUAUUUUCACAAGCUUCACAUCAAAGAUCCAUUAGAGUUAGGAUUCUUCUGUAAGGUCUGUUGUGUCCAUCAGGAAUGUAAUUCAGACUUUUGUGGUUGGGAGUAUUCUCUGCUACCAUAGGUGACAGCUGUGUAAGGUCUAAUGUGUAUAGGAAACACCUAUGCUGUUAACAGUGCUAGUGAGCAUGUUUCCUGAUUCGCCAUGUCAUCUCCAGUGGGGCAUAAACAGAAGGACAU